GCGACAAUUUGCUUGAGUGAAAAACGGACAGAAAAGUUCGGCAUACACCGCUAUUGGAGGUGCAUGAACCAUGAGCGAGCUCAAUGUUAAAAAGCUCAAAGUGAAUGAGCUGAAAGAGGAGCUCCAGCGUCGAGGCCUGGACACCCGCGGGCUGAAGGCGGAUCUGGUGGACAGAUUGCAGGCAGCGCUGGAGGUCGAGGUGUCAGGCGAUGCUGCACCGGGCGAGGAAGAUCAAGACUUGGAGGCUGGAGAUGGCAAUGAGUAUAAAGAUGAAGGUGGGGAACAAGAUUAUGGAGAAGAUGAUAAGGCACAGUUUGAUGAUGGAAACAGCACAGACCUCUUCCAGGGUGAGUACGAUGAUCAGGGGAAUGAGAAUAAUGAAAGCAACGAGGACAGCACCGAGGCCCCCAUGCCUGGUUUUGGACAGAUUGAUCAUGCAGCAGAUGUGAUGCUGGGACAGAUGACAGAGCAGUGCCAAGAUGACCAGGAGUCUGAGGGCAAGCAGCCGCUCCAGGAGUUGAAGCAGGAAUAUGAGGUAACACCUUCACAUCCUCAGGCAGUGCAUACGUUUGAGGAACCAGCAUCAUGCCAGAUGCCAGAGGGAGACUCAAGUCAACACUCCCAGCAGGAAGGACCGGAUGGUGAUGAAGUGAAGGCAGAGAAUAAGACAGAUGAGGAUGUUCCACAGCAAGCUGAACAAGCCAACGAAUGGGGCGCUAUGGAUGCACAGGUCAAAACAGAGGAUGAUCGGAACAUGUUGCAAGAUCGCAAGAGGCCACAUGAUGACAAACCUACAACCAGCAGCAGCGAAGCUACAAUCAACAGUACCAGCAGUAUGCUCAGAGCCAGUGGAACCAGUACAGCAACCAGUACGGCAGUUACGGCAACUACAACCAGCAAGGCACCCAAGGCAGUCAGGGCGCCCAGGGAACACAGUAGUAGCAUUGCAGCCACUUGA